GCGAAUAUGGCUGCUGCAGUCAGGAUGAGGACGUGGAGCUGUCCUACCACAGGAGUUUUCUGUCCGUUGGCGCUGUUUUUUGUACUUUUGCUCCAUACUGUAAACGAGGCUGCCGCGGCGCCGGAGACAGGGCUUUGGAAGAUCACAGUCGUUAAUACCUCAAGACCACUGCUGUUAAGGAAGUCCAUGUAUAAAGACACUGAUGUUGAAUUAAAAGUUGUGUCUUUUGGCUGUCCCGAGGAGGUGACCUUCACUGUUCGCUGGUAUUUAAGAUACUACCCCUGUCACAAUGAGUUCAACAAUAUUGAAGAGAUGUAUGAAAGAACACCUUUGAGUCGCGGGGAGGGCCUGGAUCCAAAUCCCCUCGGACAAGGAGAGUGCAUCGAACACAGGCACAGUCCCAUAACGUGUAAUAAUGGACUGCGCACCUUUCCAAUGCUCAGAAAAGCCAAGGCAGAGCCACGUCCAGUCAGUCCACCUAAUGAGAAUGAAAUGCUUGAUGAAAAUGACACUAAAUGGAUUGCUGAAGAAUAUGAAAGCAGCAGCGCCACGAAGAACAGCAGUUUGAGUAUUAGAGACAAUGUCAUAGCCACCACAUGGAAGGACGGGCCCUACCUGCUGGUUGUUAAGAUUGAGUCCAAUAAACAGGAUGCCAAUUGGAAUUUAACAGUUAAUGUGGUGAUGAAAGGCAGCCACGGCUACAUCUCUGUCACAGAAUGGCCUCUCAUGAUUUUCUACAUGGUAAUGUGCAUAGUGUACAUCCUGUACGCCCUGCUGUGGUUUAUCUGGGCAGCCUGCUACUGGAAAGAUCUGCUGAGGAUCCAGUUCUGGAUAGCAGGGGUCAUAUUCCUCGGGAUGGUGGAGAAGGCCGUCUUCUGUGCCGAAUAUGAAAACACCAAUGCCGUCGGCUCCGCUUCUCCAGGCUUGUUGAUCUUUGCCGAGUUGGUCUCUGCCCUCAAGAGGACUUUGGCUCGAUUACUUGUCAUCAUCGUCAGCCUCGGCUAUGGCAUUGUAAAGCCUCGACUGGGGACUGUGAUGCACAGAGUGGUGGGGCUCGGUAUCCUCUAUUUUGCCUUCGCCAGCAUUGAGGGUGUCCUGAGGAUCACAGGGGGUCGAGACAAUGGCCCCGCUCUCAUUACAGCAAUUGUUCUGGCUGUGUUUGACUCCGGCGCCAUCUGGUUCAUAUCCUUCCAGUGUACUUCAGUAGCUCCAGCGAAAGACUCUGACUUGGCCCUGCUGGCCAACAUUCCCCUGGCUCUGCUUGAUUCUUCUUUAUGCUGGUGGAUCUUUGUCAGCCUUGCACAAACCAUCAAGACUCUGAAGCUGAGGAGAAACCCCGUCAAGUUGUCUCUCUACAGGCACUUUACAAACACUCUAAUAUUUGCUGUUAUUGCUUCCAUCAUUUUUAUGGGUUGGACGGCAAAAAAAUUUCGACUCGCAGAUUGCCAGUCUGAUUGGAUUGAGCUGUGGGUAGAAGAUGCCUUCUGGAGGUUCCUGUUCUCUGUCAUUCUGCUCGUCAUAAUGUUUUUAUGGAGACCAUCUGCAAACAACCAAAGGUAUGCUUUCACGCCUCUAAUUGAUGACUCUGACGACGAGGAGAUAGAGGAGUUCAUUGCCUCUGCAAACCUUGGUGAUGGUAUAAAGUUGAGAGCAAAUAAAAGUGAGACAAAUGGUACCGUGAAGCCUGCAGAAACAAACCCAGAUGAAGACUUGAAAUGGGUGGAGGAUAACAUUCCUAGCUCUCUUACUGAUGUAGCUCUACCAGUCCUGCUCGACUCAGAUGAGGAAAUCAUGACGACCAAGUAUGAGAUGUCAAAGCUGGAGUGAGGCAGAACAUUCCCAGCCAUUUGCAGACAUGGAGGGAGACCAUAGCAGCUGUCUCUGGCUGAAGUUUUCUCCUGGAUUUCCAGUCAGCUGGUGGUGGUGGUGGUGGUGGUGGUGGAGUGACUUUUCAUUUUUCAGGGGAUCCUUCUGAAUGGCUGCUAGUUCACAUGGUGGUGAAGGCCACAGGUUCAGGGGGACCUCUGCUAGUUUCACCUUAACUUCUAAAGGACUCUACCAGAGGAAAACUGUCUUUUCACUGACCAACAGGUUCACUCUUUCCAUGAUACGAUCAGUUUUGAGCCUAUCUUUCCAAAGAGAAUGUUUCAUUUUUUUAUGAAGUGCUGUAUUUAUUUCUGUUAUGUUUGUAUGAAUUUAUUUUAUCAGAGAAUUAACAGUGGGCCUCGUGCAUGAACAUACUCUCAAAUAUAUGUCAAAUGUCUUUUUUUUUGAGACACUCCAGAUAUUAUCGGUGGCUCGUAGUAUAAGUAAGAUAAUUAUAUAUGAUGGGAAGAACAAUUAAAAGACAUUUUUCUUCAGUGCUUAAUUGAAGAUGAUUUAUCUAAGUUAUUUUGGCAGCCAGAGAACAGAGAGAAUUUGGCUAUAGUGCGUUUGAUUGAAUAUUUUCAAUCAGGAUCUUUCUUUAUAUAUGUGAAGCUCGCCGAAGUUAAAGAAUUCAGUCAACAGUUUUGUUUUUUUUUUCACGUGAGUGUCCCAAACACCCUGCUUUGUUACCAGCAUUCAAAUCUGAGACAGAAACAACCUUGAAAAUUCAAACGCUGCACCUUUGAAUAGAACAUUUGCUCUUAUGCACUUUCGAGAUCAAAGCUGUGCCUACAUGUAGUUCUUGUAUGAGGCCGAAUCUGUUCAGGUAAUUGAGAACAAUAUGUAUGAGAGUGUCGUUCAUGUCUCAGAUUGAAACGACCCAACAUCCAGAGUAUUGGUGAAUGAGUGUGAGAGCGGCAAAAGCACAAAUGAGUCAUCUGUACAUUUUGAAUUAAAAUGUAACUGAUUUAGUUCAGUAGUGUAGAAAUAGAGUUUGCGGUCAUGUUGUGAAUCUACUGUAUGGGUGUAGGCGGGCAGGUUUUCUAUCUUCUGAAAUAAGGAGCAAUAUGCUGUAUGUAUGUUAAUAUGGAGUUAGGUCAUUAUAUUAUUUAUUUGUGUUUCAAGUGUACUUAUAAGUUGUUCAUUGGUAUGUUUACCCAUGUUUACUCUAAGUGUGUUUACAACGUGUGCUUCCAUUUUUAAAAAUAAUUUGGACCCCGCACAAUCUCACAAUGUACUAGGCAAACAGCGUACUGCAGCUUGCUUUUUUUAUUUCUUCGCAAUGUUUGCUUUUAUUGUGGAUAAAAAAAAACAAAACAUUGCAUUUGUUUCACAGACACCUUAAUAAUGUUUGUGUUCUUAAUGUUUUAUUUUUUGUUGUUUUGAAAAUGGCUGACCUGUUUCUGUCAGUGCAGUUCUGGGGUUGGAACACUGUCGUCUUUGUGUGUGUUGUUAAGAGUUGUAACUUUGUCUCUCUGGGCCAUCCCAUAUUAUAACACUAGAUGAGUUAUGUGGUUAGCACAAGCACAGGCUGAUCACUGAAAUGAGUUCAUAAUGUCACUUUUCCUUUUUUUUUUUUUUUUUUGCAUCAGCUGGAAACCUGGAAUAAUUGUGCUUAUGAUGGCAAGCUGUCCUUCCGUUAUAUAAAACUGCAGACACCUGCAGUGGACUUGAGUUAUUUGUACAGAUGGGUUUUGGCUGAUUCCUGUUAUUUCAUAAUUCCGCAGGUGGAGAGGUGUCUGGAUAAUAUGACUUGUCUGUUUUUUUUCAUGGGUGUCAUGAAGAGCUGGGCUUGAACUUUUCAUACCAGUGAUGUUCUUCUCUCUUCCUUCUCAGGAAGUGUGUACACUCAGAGUAAAUAUUAUUUGAUAUCAGGGCAUUGUUUGUUUCCUGAUCUGUGAUUUUCAGUAUUAAUUUGGCAAUAAAAAUACAUAUUUUACUAUGGUUGUGAA